UCUCAUACAAGAAAAUGUUAUUUUACUCUCUCUAUCUUUCAAAAUAAAAGUAAUUAAAAAAAAUGCUCUAAAUUCUAAAUCAUAAAUUGUGGCUUCCCCUCCCCUUACCAUCCCCGAUGCAUGGUGAAGUAGGCUAUACAAGCAAAUCGUAACAUUCUGCAGUUAUCAUCCCUUAAAGUUGAAAUCCCUUUUCAAAACAUAAACUCUUGCUCAGGCUGACAGCAGAGCUCGGUGGUGAAAGGUAGAAGUUGCAUAUGAACCUGACCCAAAUGAAAUAAAAGCUGUUUCUGUGUUCAGGCAAUUGGGAUUUGUAACCCCAGUUGGGAAAGUUGAAUUCUUUCCAAUAAGAAGUGACAAAUUAAGCUGGUUCCAAGGUUCUGAAUGACAAUGCAACAUCCACAUUUUUAAUUCCUACUUCUGAAUAAUGGAGUGCACUGUGUCAUUUCCUUGUGUGCAUUUUUUUCCGGUGGGAAGAGCUUGGUGCAACUACAGAAGAGUCACUUUAGCAGCACAUUCAAAAAGGAGAAGAAGACCAGCAAAGGACAAUCGCUAUCGACCGCAUCCCCAGCAACCUCCAGAGUUUGGUGUUAAUCUAUUCUUGAAGAAGCCUAGCACCACCUCUAUACCAACUGAGGAUAAUGUGGAUAUCAAUGAAGAGAAUGAUGAAGAGAAGGAUGAAGAUACUGAGGUUGUUUGGGAAUCAGAUGAACUUGAAGCUAUCUCAUCACUUUUUCAAGGUAGAAUUCCACAAAAACCUGGAAAAUUACAUCGAGAAAGGCCUCUUCCUCUUCCAGUUCCCUACAAGCUUCGACCUGUGGGACUGCCUGCACCCAAAACACAAGUAAAAUUGACAGCACCAGCUGUGGCUUUUUCUCGGGAUUCUAUGGCUAAGAAAGUGUAUAAAAGUCCUAGUUUCCUAGUUGGGUUAGCGAGAGAAAUAAGUAGACUUGGUCCAGAUGAAGAUGUAUCUAAAAUUCUUGGAAAGUGGGUGCAGUUCCUGAGGAAAGGGUCCUUGUCAAUGACAAUAAGGGAAUUAGGUCAUAUGGGAUGCCCUGAGAGAGCCCUGCAAACAUUCUUAUGGGCACAAAAACAACCUCAUCUCUUCCCGGAUGAUUGGAUUCUGGCCUCAACUGUUGAGGUCUUGGCCAGAAACCAUGAGUUAAAAAUUCCAUUCAACAUAGACCGGUAUACUGGUUUGGCAAGCCGUUCUGUGUUGGAGGCUAUGAUUAAGGGUUUCAUAAAAGUAGGAAAGCUUAGACUUGCAUGGAAGGUUCUAGUAGUUGCCAGACGAGAUAAAAGAAUGCUGGAUUCCAGCAUUUAUGCUAAGCUAAUAUUAGAACUUGGAAAGAACCCUGACAGACACAGGCAUGUGUUGCCCUUGUUAGAUGAACUUGGAGAACGAGAUGAGUUGAAUUUAAGCCAACAAGAUUGCACCGCAAUAAUGAAAGUCUGCAUUAAGAUGGAGAAAUUUGAAGUAGUUGAGAGCCUGUUUAGUUGGUUCAAACAGUCUGGCUUUCAACCGAGCAUAGUAAUGUUCACUUCUGUGAUUCACAGCCGUUACACUGAGAAGAAAUACAGAGAGGCAUUGGCUGUAGUUUGGGAGAUGGAGGCUUCAAAUUGCCUUUUGGAUCUUCCAGCUUAUCGUGUAGUGAUAAAGUUGUUUGUUGCUUUGAAUGAUCUAUCUAGAGCCAAGAGAUAUUUUUCAAAACUUAAAGAAGCUGGAUUUUCUCCCACUUUUGGGUUAUACAAGGACAUGCUUCAAAUUUACAUGGCCUCCGGGAGGUUAGGAAUGUGCAAAGAGAUCUGCAAGGAGGCUGAGAUAGCAGGUUUCAAGCUAGAUAAAUAUCUAGCGUCACACAGUUAGAUAAAUGAAGAACGUAGACUUUAAGAAUCCUACAUGCAUUGUCAUUGUUUGUAUACAUUCUUAAUCCCUCUUUCUAAUGUAAUGGUUAGGUUCCUUUUGUACAUUGACAAACAUUACGAAUAUUUUUUACGUUGAAGAUAAUAAUUUGGAAUGUUUAAUAUAAUAUAGGAGAAUUGACGACUAUAAG